CAUUUUCGAAACCCAUAGCUGCCCUAAUUUCCUCUUCCAUUUUCGAACCCUAACCCGGCAACAAGCUCCACAAUCGACGCCGGCAGAAGGAACUCCCGGUCGCGGAUCGAAGCUGCUGUCAGCGGCGUCGUCAUCUAGUCGUCUGACCUCUGGAGCUUCUGGCGUCGGUGUCGUCUGGUCGCCCUGGUCGUCGGCGUCGUCGUUCUGGAACUCAGGCCUUCUUGCUCUCUGCCACGUCUCUGGUGAAUUAUCCCGCGCUUAUUCGAAGACAGAAACUACCACAACCCCCCGGUGGCGGCACAACCACAGCACAGCACAGCACAGCACAGCACCGCACCGCACCAACACACACAUCAUGGAACCCAUCAUCCUUUCUGACGAAGAUGACCCUUCAACGCCGUUUCCGAUCCAAUCCAAGAAACGCCGAACCAAACCGGCACCUAACCAGACCAUUUUCCUCAUCGAUGACGACCCGACCCCACAGAAACCCCAGCUGCAACACGGUGCACAUUCUUCGUCUACACCUUCGUUCGUCGCCGAGACUCCGAUGUCCCUGCAAUUCGAUUCUGAAGUGGCGAUCGUGAAAUGCAUUCCAACUUCUCAUUCCGAUCCUAAUGUUAGGGUUUCCACUUGCCUGCCCAAUAACCUCUCCGGAAUUAGUCAAAUGAUAUGUUUGGAAUCAGAUAACGAGUCGGAAAAUUCUACUCUGCACAAUUGUGACGAGAAUGAAACAAGGGUCCCCGCAUUGGAUCUUCCUGGUUCAGGAGGUUCAAGAUGGACUUCAAAUUUGAUUGGAUCUGGAAGUUCUCCUGAGAGACAUUCAUUGGAAACUAUGGAGAUGCACAUAUCAAGUGGAAAUGAUACUCAAACUGAAAACUCUGGGGACAAUCCUUCAAAUCCAACAUCUUCUCAAUUGGAGGAGAAUGUCCAAAAGAAGAAAAGAUCAACUGUUUCUGCAAAGAACACUGGCAAAGCAACGGGAAGAACAAAGAUGACAAAAGAGGAAAGAAGUUGCUUGAUGGAGGAAAAGAAACUACAAAAGGAACAAGAGAAGUUAAGAAAAGCAGCACUUAAAGCUGAAGCUGCAGAACUUAAAAAAAUGGAGAAAGAAAAGCAGAAGUGGGAAAAAGGGAAGUUUGCCACAAAUUCCAUUGUAGCAGAAAUUGACACGAUGGUAGUUGAAUCAGGAUCAAUUGGAGGACAUCUGCUUACUAGAUUUUCUGAAAAGGGGCUUAAAUACCAGAUUACAUCAAAUCCCAUCAAAGGGUCAAUUUUAUGGCAUAUGGAAGUUCCAGAACAACUUUCACAGCAUUCAACUGAAAGAAUUGAGAUUUCAUAUGUGUUACUGGUUUAUGAAGCUGACAAAUUUUGUAACCUCAUCACAAAUGAUUCUCUUUGGGGUCAUCUCUCUAGCAUUCAAAGUCAUUAUCCAUCCUAUACAGUUUGUUAUCUCACCAAUAGAUUGAUGGCUUACAUUAAUAAAAGGGAACAGGAAAAGUACAAGAAUCCUGAUAAAUAUAGCAGUUGGAGGCGUCCGCCUGUUGAGGAGGUGCUUGCAAAAUUAGCAACUCAUUUCACCAAAGUUCAUUCCAGGCAGUGUGUGGAUGAAGCUGAACUGGCUGAACAUGUUUCUGGUUUGACAACCAGCCUAGCAUCUUGUCAAUUUAGAAAGAAGUUAACUCGAUUAUCUGUGAGUGCAAAUGGAGCCCUUGUUCCAAAGGACAGUGUUGAUCGUAAUUUAAUAAAGAAAUCGUUGUGGUUAAAAGCUUUGGUUGCUAUCCCCAAGGUUCAGCCUCGAUUUGCUAUUGCUAUUUGGAAGAAAUACCCAACCAUGAAGUCCUUGUUAAGCGUUUAUAUGGAUCCAAGCAAAUCGGAGCAUGAGAAGGAAUUUUUACUUAAAGACCUGACAGUAGAAAAUCUGGUUGGCAGCGACAGAAGAUUAGGUGAGGUUUGUUCAAAGAGAGUGUAUAGAAUUCUGAUGGCGCAAAGCGGAAGCAUUCGAACCGACGACAUUGAGGAUGGUGCUGAUUUCUUUGCGCGUCAAUCAUAAAACGCAAUAGAGCUUUCUAAUCUUUUUGGGUCGGAAUAUGUAAAUCCCUAUUUAAGAAAGGGUAUCAACAUGGGAAUGCAUUCUGUCAUUUCUAAA